UCCCUUCUUUGAGCUUCCACCCACCUGCUGGUUCCCAUAGCCCAGCACCAAGCGGUGCUGAGAAGGCACGAAGGGCCUGCCCCCCACUUCCUGGCCAACAGUUUGGGUGGCACCCUAUCUCCUGAGGCUGACACUUUCCACUGUUCUGUCUCCAGGCCCAGAACAGAGUCCUGUAGAAACGGCUUUGAUAGGGUCACCCUCGUGUGUCUCACACACCCCCAAUGUCCUGAUUCAAGUGCCCUUAGGACACAGGAAUUGGCCUGAGUGGUUGCUGACCUCAGAGGGGACCAGGCUGGAAGAGGCGGGGGCGGAUGAGACUUACCGGGUGGGCCGGACCAGGCCACUUCCUCCCUUUGUUGUCUCCAUGUUUUCUUUUCUUUCUGACUUGAAGACCACAUCACCAGCAAAUUUGGGAGUCUGGUUCAACUGGCAAGGUUGAACCCUCAGUGGAGCCAGCUACGCCUGCCCGUCGUCAUGAUCCUGACACUGAUGCUGGGCCUUGGGGGGUACCUGAGCUGGGGACUUCUGGGGGCCUGGGCACAAGACCCUGGUACCAGGUUCUCUGAUCCCAAAAGGCUCAGGGUACCUGCGGGCUGGAAAACAGAGACUGCCGAUACCAGCAGAGACCCCAUCGGACGGAACUGGUGUCCUUACCAGAAGUCUAGACUGGUCACCUUCGUAGCUGCUUGCAAAACAGAGAAAUUCCUGGUGCAUUCACAGCAGCCAUGUCCACAGGGGGCUCCUGACUGCCAGAGAGCCAAAGCCAUGUACCGAGUGGCCCAGAAGCCAGUAUACCGCGUCCAACAGAAGGUGCUGGUCUCUGUGGCCUGGAGAUGCUGCCCAGGCUUCCGGGGUCCAGACUGUGAGGACUAUGAUCCCACAGCAAACCCUGAGCCCACGGAGCCAAGUGGUGAACUCCCGGGGACUUGGGACCAGCUGGAUGGCUUUGAACUUGGCCACCCUGUCACAGAGUUCAAUGAGGUUAAGGAGCCACAGGGACAGCGGGAACACCUUCAAAAUCUCCAGAACGAUGCCCAGUUGGUAGAAGAUGGCAUCCCAGGCCCUUGGGAGGCCCUGGCCAGCAACCUCACUGCUGAGACGACAGAAACCAAUCAAACAGAAUUCGAGUUUUCUGGAGGGCUGUCAGAGCAGCCCCUACAGCCCCUGCAGCCCCAUGUCGACGCGUUCCUGCAAGCCCACGUCGAUCCCAUCUGGAAGAGCUUCAGUGAGAGCUUGCACAGCCUCUCCCAGGCUAUCAGGAACUUGUCUCUCGAGGUGGAGGCCAAUCGCCAGGCUGUCAAGAUGGUUCAGGAGGACACCGUGACCAGGGCUGACCUCCAGGAGCUUGGUGCCAAGUUUGAUGCCAAGGUCCAGGAGAAUAACCAGAGAGUGGGCCAGCUGUGGAAGGAUGUGGAGGAACAGCUGCAUGCCCAGCGCCGUUCCCUGCACCAUGCCCUCUCCGAGGUCCAAACUGAGAUGAGCACCAAGUUGAAGCAGCUUGUCAAGGCUCAGGAACUCCCAGGGGCCAACGGCAGCCUGGUGGUGGUGGCAUCCGCUGCAGCGGCGGCAAGGCCAGAGCCGGAGAGCCUGCAGGCCAGGCUGGGCCAGCUGCAGAGAAACAUCUCUGCUCUGCACAGGAUCAUGGAUCAGAGGGAGGAGGCUCUGCAGGGCACCCUCAAGAACAUGGACAGUGUCCUGAGCCGGCAUGUGGAUGAAAUCAAGGAGCUGUACUCUGAAUCAGAUGAGACCUUCGAUCAGAUCAGCAAGGUCGAACGGCAGGUGGAGGAGCUGCUGGUGAACCACACCGGGCUCCGAGAGCUGCGGGUGAUCUUGAUGGAAAAGUCCCUCAUCAUGGAAGAGAACAAAGUGGAGCUGGAGGAGCAACUAUUGGAGCUAAACCUCACUCUGCAACAUCUGCAGGUGGGCCAUGCAGACCUCAUCAAGUAUGUCAAAGACUGCAACUGCCAGAGGCUCAACUCUGACGUGAACGUCAUCCGGGAGGGCCAAAGGGACGCCAUGCGCACCCUGAAAGAGACCCAGGUGAGCCUGGAUGAGCAGCACCAGCUAGACGAUUCUUCUUUACGGUCAUUGCAAAGCACUGUGGAUGCCAUGUCCUCAGUGAUGGACGAGCACAAAGGAGAGAGCGAGCGGGCACGGGCCGAGAGGGCCAGGAUGCGAAGCCAGCUGCGGGCGCUGGAGCACGCGGUGGCAGCGCUGAAGACUGUGGCGAACCAGACCAGCAGAGAGAUGCGCCAGCUGCAUAGUUCCUUUGCAGCCCUUUUGGAGGAUGCACUGCGGCAUCAGGCGGUGCUGACCGCCCUCUUUGGGGAAGAGACGAUGGAGGAGAUGUCGGAGGAAGAGCCUCGCCCUCUGCCCCUGAAUUAUGAUCAGAUCCGCCUCGCCCUGCGGGAUGCCGCCAGUGGGCUGCAGGAACAGGCGUUUGGCUGGAAUGCCUUGGCCACUAGAGUGGAGGUCUUGGAGCAGGCCGUGGAGCAGCACCCACAGUUGGCAGAACAACUGGAACCCAGCCACGAUUCUGGGAGGGAGGAGGAAGCCACCGCUUUGGCGAACCUGGAGCAGGAGAUUCAACGCCUAAACUCUGAUGUCAAGCAGGUUGGGCAAUGCUGUGAUGUCUCCUGGGCUGCCUCCCUCAACGGAACCCUUGAAGACCUACACAGCAUGGUUUCUGACACCCGGCACAGCCUGAGACAGCACCAGCAGCUCUUCCACGGCCUUUUCCAGAACUUCCAAGAGCUGGUGGCAAACAACAUUAGCCUAGACCUGGGUAAGCUGCAUGCCAUGCUAAGUAAGAAAGAAAAGAGGCAGCAGAAGGGCCUGGGAGCCUCCCGGAAGAGGGAGAAGAAGCAAGUGGUGAUAUCGGCAGAUGCACAUGCCAAAGGGAUGGAGAAAGGUGUUCUGGACUCAGAGCUCUGGGAAGCAGGCUCCCCUGUGGCCUUCUAUGCCACUUCUUCAGAGGCAGCAACCGCCCUGCAGAUGGUGAAGUUUAGCACCACUUCCAUCAAUGUGGGCAGCAGCUACUUCCCCGAACACGGAUACUUCCGAGCCCCGCAACGUGGUGUCUACUUGUUUGCAGUGAGCAUUACGUUUGGCCCAGGCCCAGGCACGGGGCAGCUGGUGUUUGAAGGUCAUCACCGGGUUCCAGUCUACAGCACAGAACAGAGGGGUGGGAGCACUGCUACUACUUUUGCUAUGUCAGAGAUGCAGAAGGGCGAGAGGGUGUGGUUUGAGUUGAUCCAAGGGUCAAUAACAAAGGGGAGCCAACCACACACUGCAUUUGGGGGCUUCCUGGUGUUCAAGACCUGAACCCUGGGUUCAGCUCGCUUGCAUCAGACAUGGUAAACUCGCCUGCUGUCCGUAGACUGGAGAACACGUAGUGGUCUAGCUCUUCCCUGGGUACCCGCAAAGGUCCUGCCGUAGGCAGCAUGUAUCUUCUUUUGGACACACAGGCUGGGGGAGGCCAAGAAUGCUGCUCCCUGGACUAUACCUGGAGCGGAGCUGGGCUUCUCACGCCUUCCCCCAAUGGCAUGGCUUAUCUUGGCUCUAAGCCAUUCCCUCAAUUCCGCAACUUUGUUUUGUUGGUAUUUUCCUCCUUGUGUGGUUGGAAAUUUCUGUACAAUAUUUAAAUCUUUUCCUCUUCCCUAUGUCAGAAAGUCAUUGUUUCACAGAAAGAAUGUUUACAGGGAAGGUGACAGGCCAGGCGUAGCUCAUUGUGUUUGGCCCUGGAUUCUUUUUCUAAUACCUCAAAAAAACUUGAAGGAAAAAAAGGAUUUUUUUUUUUUUCCUUUCUGAAAUUGGAAACAAGUCUCCAAUGACUACAGGAAAGCUAGUUAAAACCAGCCUUUCUGGUUGCGGAAGGGAGCUAAUGGUUGCUUCAACCAACUGUGGGAAAUGAAAUUAGUUAUCUCUUGGCUGGGAAUGCAGCUUGACCUGGAUUCAGUCCCCAGCACUCUAUAAAACAGGCAUGGUGGUUACACACCUGUGAUUUCAGCACAUGGAGGAGGCAGGAGCAUCAGAAGCUCAGGGCCAUCCUCACAUUUGUGACAGUUCAAGGCUAGCUUGGGGUAGAAGUGACCCUGUCUCAAAACAACAAAAGGAGUAAGGAGUUAAAUUUUGUUGUUGUUGUUGUUGUUUUUGGUUUUUCGAGACAGGGUUUCUCUGUAGCUUUGGUGCAUGUCCCGGAACUAGCUCUUGUAGAUCUGCCUGCCUCUGCCUCCCAGAGUGCUGGGAUUAAAGGCGUGGGCUGUUUUUGUUUUUUGACACAACGUUUCUCUGUAGCUUUGGAGCCUGGCCUGGAACUUGUUAGGUAGACCAGGCUGGCCUCGAACUCACAGAGCCACCUGUGCCACCACCACCCGGCUUUUUUUAAGUCACCCUUUGUCUUUUAUUUGUGUAUUUAAUUUUAAUUUCAUGUCUUUUCCUCCCUGCUUCACUCAGUGUAGAGGCCAAGAGACAUCAACCAAGGAUAACACUUGGUAUGGCCUUUGCCCCUUUCAUCCUCCCACUGUCCACAGCCUCCCCAGCAUCUCUAAGGGGGAAGGAGGGAAACCAACCUCCCCUGGUAACGGACCAAUUUUGUAAUAAAGUGAUG